UCCAAAGUCUACAAAGCAAUAAGUACUCAAAAACGAACGAAAAUUCCACCAAGGAGACCAGACCACAUUUCCUCUCAUCGCCACCGCCAUCUCAAAUCUCACUCCCAAACUCCCUCUUAUCCUCCGAUCCCGAACAAAGAAAACAACGACAAAAGAAAGCACUUCAAUUAGAUCUACGGCAAGACUCGAAAUCCAGAGACAAAAGCCUGCCCUUGUUUUUUUCUGAAAUGGGCUUUGAGCGGCUGGAUCUUGAUCUCGGGGAUUCGAGUUGAAAUGCAGCCGAAUCUGUUCCCGUUCGGCACCGUUUUGGGUAAUCCGCUCUUGUUCAAUGGGGAUUUGAGCGAGGGGUUCGAGAGCUCUAGGGUUUUCUUCUUGGUCCCGUUCUUGUUGUUCCAAGGAGGCGGAAUGGAUUUAUCCAAGGUUGGCGAGAAGAUUCUCAGUUCGGUCAGGUCCGCCAGAUCGCUUGGACUUCUUCCUUCUACUUCUGAUCGCCCCGAGGUUCCUGCUCGAGCAGCAGCAGCAGCAGCUGUUGCUCGUGCUCUUGCAGGACUGCCUCCACAUCAGAGGUUUAAUCUGCCAUCAAGUUCUGAAGGGCUGAGAUCGAUAUAUGGAAGCAUACCUCAUGGUCAAAUUGUUGAUGAGUUAGAGGAAGACUUCUAUGAAGAGGACUUCGAUCCGGUUAGGCAUGUUUUAGAACAUAUUCCAUCUGAUGAAAAUGAUCUAGCGUAUUUUGAGAAAGAGGCAGCUCUUAGAUUAGCACAACUGGAUAAAGUAGCAGAAAGUUUAUCCCGCCAUGUUAUGGAGCAUCAUGAAGUAAUGGUGAAGGGGAUGAAUCUGGUCAGGGAACUGGAGAAAGACUUGAAGAUUGCAAAUGUCAUCUGCAUGAAUGGAAGAAGGCAUCUAACCUCAUCUCAGAAUGAGGUUUCAAGGGACCUCAUUGUAAAUUCAAAUUCGAAAAAGAAACAAGCUCUUCUGGACAUGCUUCCAGUUUUAACUGAACUUCGUCAUGCACUUGACAUGCAAUCGGCACUUGAAUCACUUGUUGAGGAAGGAAAUUACUGCAAGGCAUUCCAAGUUCUAUCCGAGUAUUUGCAGCUCUUAGAUAGUUUUUCAGAGCUUUCAGCAGUACAAGAGAUGAGUCGUGGUGUGGAGGUUUGGCUGGGGAAAACUCUUCAGAAGCUGGAUUCACUUUUACUAGGAGUUUGCCAGGAGUUCAAAGAGGAGGGCUAUCUAACUGUGGUUGAUGCUUACGCACUAAUUGGGGAUGUAUCUGGUCUUGCUGAAAAGUUACAGAGCUUCUUUAUGCAGGAGGUUCUGUCAGAAACACACUCUGUAUUGAAGAAUAUUGUGCAAGAGGAUCAGGAAGUACACAUGCAAAAUACUAGACUUACCUACAGUGAUCUAUGCCUGCGGAUACCUGAAUCUAAGUUUAGGCAGUGUUUGUUAACUACACUAGCAGUCCUUUUUCGGUUGAUGUGUUCUUACUAUGAAAUUAUGGGCUUCCAACUGGAUGAUAAGGAUUCAGCAAGCCAAGAUUCAAAUACUAAGCUGAGAGAAAAAGACAUCCCUUGGAGUUCGGGAGAGGUUCAAGAAAUUGAUUCUGAUACAAGAUAUUCUUGCAAUUCCCUAGGAGAGAAUGGCUCUCUCUGUGAAUCUGCAUCUGCAGACAGAAUGCCUGGUUCAUCUAGGGAGGAAUCUACAACCACCAGCUGUUCAGUUGAGACCACUGGAACUACUGCUUUGGCUAGUUUAGAAUCUCGAAAUACAGCCGAGUCUAGGAAGGAUGAUGGUACAACAUCUAGUAGUGGAUCUCCAUGGUAUCAACUGCGGAAAGAUGCUACAGCAUUUGUUUCACAAACCCUUCAACGAGGACGCAAGAAUCUUUGGCAGCUGACAACUAGUCGUAUAUCUGUAUUGCUUUCUUCUGCUGCUGUUUGUUCAACUAGCAUUCACCAAUUUUUGAAGAAUUAUGAAGAUCUGAAUGUCUUCAUCUUGGCUGGGGAAGCCUUCUGUGGAGUUGAGGCGGUUGAGUUCAGGCAGAAGUUGAAGGUCGUAUGUGAAAACUAUUUUGUAGCAUUUCAUCGGCAAAAUAUUUAUGCACUUAAAAUGGUUUUGGAAAAGGAAAACUGGCUUCAAUUGCCACCAGAUACAGUACAAGUAAUUAGUUUUCCUGGGCUUCUUGGUGAUGGAGCACCCCUAAUAGUUCCAUCUAUUGGCAACUCUGGUAAUGCCAGGAUGUCUCCUUCUGAUAAAUCAGCAAGCUUAGUUGAUACCAGUGUGAAGAAGAGUGGAUUUUUACACUGGCUUAAAAGUGGAAACCCAUUUUUGCUAAAAAUUACGUACACUUCCAAAGAAGGUCAUACUUCUUCCCUACUUAAUGGGGCCACCUUCAGUGAAUUUGAUGGAAAUAUUAGUGACAAUUAUCAUGGUGACAAGUUCUCUACACGAAAGAGUGAUGUAAAUCAUAAGAACAGCUCUAAUUCUAUUUCCGAAGAUGAAAACGAAGACCUUCUUGCAGACUUUAUUGAUGAGGACAGUCAACUUCCUAGUCGAAUUUCCAAACCUAAUCUUCCAAAAAGUAACCCUUCAAAUUGGAAAGACGAUGAGAUUACAGCCCAAACGGGAUCCUCGAUUUGUCUUCUUAGGUCGAUGGAUAAAUAUGCAAGGCUUAUGCAGAAAUUAGAAAUAGUCAAUAUAGAGUUUUUCAAGGGGAUAUGCCAGUUGUUUGGGGUUUUUUUCUAUUUUGUAUUUGAAACAUUUGGUCAGCAAAACCCCAGUUCAAAUGGAAAAGGCUUAACUGAUUCUCUUAAUUAUCGACUAAAAACAGCCUUAUCCAGAAUUACACAAGAUUGUGACCAGUGGAUAAAACCCCAGUCCUCUUCAAGCACAUCCUUGAAUACAUCAUUUACGCAUGCGGAUGUUACACCUUCAAGUCCUCCUAGUACAAGUCAUGGUCACUUUCCAGGAACAUCUUCUGGUCUCAAGGAAAGAUGUGCAGGCGCUGAUACUUUAUCUCUUGUUGCUCGAAUAUUGCAUAGAUCUAAAGCUCAUCUCCAAUUGAUGCUUCUGCAAAAUAAUGCAACUGUAGUUGAAGAUUUUUAUGUUCACCUGGUGGAUGCUGUGCCAGUUCUUGUAGAGCACAUUCAUAGGACAACAGCUAAACUACUUCUCCACAUUAAUGGGUAUGUUGAUCGAAUUGCCAAUGCUAAAUGGGAAGUGAAAGAGCUUGGACUAGAGCAUAAUGGGUAUGUUGAUCUAUUGUUGGGCGAAUUCAAGCACUAUAAAACAAGACUCGCUCAUGGGGAAAUCAACAAAGAGGUGCAAUUCCUCCUCUUAGAAUAUGGACUUGAGAUUGUUGCGGAAACUCUCAUUGAAGGUCUAUCACGAGUGAAGCGGUGUACUGAUGAAGGGCGAGCUCUUAUGUCAUUGGAUCUUCAGGUUUUAAUUAAUGGUUUAGGACAUUUUGUCUCUGUAAAUGUGAAGCCCAAAUUACAGAUGGUAGAAACCUUCAUUAAGGCUUACUACCUACCUGAAACUGAAUUUGUACACUGGGCAUGGGCUCACCCAGAAUACAGUAAAAGUCAAAUUGUUGGGCUGAUCAACCUUGUUGCCUCAAUGAAAGGUUGGAAGAGGAAAAACAGGUUGGAUGUACUGGAAAAGAUCGAGUGAGCAGGGAUGGAAUUUUAGUUAACUCCAUUCUUUUUCUUUUUUUUUAAUGGUUCUUUGUACGAGUAAUGUAUUUUUGGAUGGUAUUCUGAUCUCAAUCCCUUCAUUAUUAUGUAGAGUAUAUUUUGAGGUUGUAUAUCUUCAGAUGUCCUAGUAUAUAUCUGAGCUUGUAAUAUAUGAUCAUCCCUUUUAAGGGAACAUCAAAUGUAAUUUUGGAUCACAUAAUAGGCGAAAUAAUGAGUUUAUAUGGAAAUAAUCAAAGUCCCGAUUCCACUUUCA